UUGUCUCCUCUCCUGUCUCAUCUCAUCAUCCAUCUCGUAGCUUCCACAUUCGUGAUUGGGAAGGCAAGGGCCUGCGGGGGACGGCAUAUUCGGUUUCAACCAUUACUGAACUGCAUGCUGUGGGUGCUAUUUCUUUUUACUGAUCGACAUGAAAUUCUUCCUCGCGUCUGCCAAUUCUCCGCCUGCGUGAUUCAGAUCCUCACGAUACGCGUACGCAUCGGUAGUCGCAAAACCUCGAUCACCGAGCGCGAAUCCGCGAGAACCCUAAACGCAUUGAUUUCCGCCAAACGUUCGCCACUCGUCGUCCCAAAACCGCCACUUUCAAGACCUCUCACGCAUCUAAUCCCGUCCACCCCGCUCCGCGAGCGCCGCUACCCCCACGAGCGCUGCGAGCGCCGCGCCGCAAUACCCCCUUAAUCGGCAAUGGCGUCGCGGUCGCGGCGGCACGUGGAGGAGCCGGAUCUGCAGGUGCUCCCGCCGCACGUAUGGGGGACGAUCGGGGGGUUAGGGCUCGCGGCGACGGCGCUGCUGUUCGCGAUCCUGGGCGUGGCGACGGACUGGGAGGUCCCCGGCCUGCCGUACCUGUACAACGGGCUCUUCGCGCUGUCCGUCGUGCUGUGCGCCGUCGUGAUGCCCCUGGCUUGGUCGCAACUGCCUAGCGACAUGAGGGCGCGGCUGAAGUGGAAGCGGCGGACCAAGGACGUGCAGGUCACCAUGGACCCCCCUCCGUGGGCUGCCAGCGCCGCUGCCGUGUGCCGCAUACUGCAUGUGGUGGAGGCGUCAGGUUUGCCUCGCGAGGUAGCGGGAGCGCGCCUGCUGAAGCACGGGCGCAACGAAUACGAGACCAUGCCCGUGCCCUCCUUCCCGCUCUUCCUCCUCGCCCAUCUCUACUCCCCCGCAAGGCUGCUUCUCCUGGCCCUUCUCGUCCUCUUUGCGGGUCUCACGCCCCCAGAGGAGGCCACGCUUGGCGCGCUCUGCACCCUCGCGCUCCUCCUGCUGCACCUCUACGCCGAGUGGCGCGGGCGGCUCCGCCUGGCCGCUGCCAGCCUGGCAGCGCCGCACGACGCUCUGGUGCUGAGGGACGGUGCGGCCGUGGCAGUGAGCCGGGUGGAGCUGGUGCCGGGGGACGUGGUGCUGCUGCGAUCCGGCAUGGAGGUCCCAGCAGACCUGCGUCUCCUGCACUGCACGCUGCUCGAGAUUGACGAGUCGGGGGUCUCCGGCGAGUGGGAGGCGGCCCCGUGCCCCAAGGACGCGUCUCUCGUCCUCGACCCUUCCGCCAAGGCCUCCCCAAUCGGCUGCCAGAACAUUGCGCUCGCGGGCACCAUGGUCACCUGCGGGUACGGCUCAGGAGUGGUUUUCCGCACCGGCAUGCAGACCGAAAUCGGGAAGAAGCUCGCUUCGGUCUCGCACGUGCACGCGAUGUGGAUCGGCGGGGGAGGUGAGUCCUCCCCUCUGCUGCUGCUGCUCCGCUCGGCCUCCCGGCAGGUCGCGUUCGCAUCAGUGGGGGUUGGUCUCCUGGCUGCGGCGCUGGGGCUGUUCCAGCAGCAGCCAUGGCAGGACGUGGUUCUCGUCUCGCUCGUGCUCUUUUUCGCCACGCUGCCCGACGACCUGCCCGCGAUGCUCUACUCGACGCUCGGCGCCUGCAGCCACCGGCUCGAGGCGAACGAGAUCUUUUUCCAGCAGAUGAAAGCGAUUGAGAACCUCUCUUUUGUCGACACCAUUCUCACGGACAAAACUGGGUGUCUCACCGAGAACAAGCUCUCUCUUCACGAGCUGCUGGUAGCGGAUAAGCCAGUGGGAGCGGAGGAUAUAGCAGAGGCGACUAGGUUGGUGCCCAAGACAGGGCCUUUGGCGGAGGAAGGGGCGAUGGGUGCGCUGGGACGGCUGUUUGAGGCGUGGGUGUUCAUGUCGGAUAUGGGGGAUGACCUGCUGAGGGAUAGCACUGGGCUCAGCAGCAGCCGGCGGAGAACAACGGCGUCUUCGUCGGCGGGUGCGGGGUUGUCGUCGCCUUCGAGCGCUUCUGCUGCUGCAGCUGUUGUUGCAGGAACAUCUGCCAGUGGUGCGUCAUCAGCUGGUUCUUCAGCGGUCGGAGAUUCCUCCGUUUCUGCGUCGAAUGAAGCUGAGUUUCUCGCUCGAGUGGCGAAAGAGGCCAAGGAGGCAGGAGCAGGAGCAGCAUUGCAGAUAGACAUCGGGGAGAGCGAGGAGCAGAGCGAGUCCCUGCUGCAAGGCGGGCCGGCACCCACCGCCCCCAAAGGCCCAGGGGGAGGAGCAGGAGCAGGAGCAGGAGCAGGAGCAGGAACAAGAACUGUCCGAACAUCCACCGCUACAGGAGUAUCUACUGCGGAUGUGGCAGCCAGAGGAGGACACGUGGACGCCCUCGAUUGGGCGAUUCUCGCUGCGGUUGGCGGGCCGUCGGUGCUCACAAGCCUCCCAUACGAAGGACUGGAGGGAGAGGAAGAAGCGGAUGUAGCAGCAGCAGCAGCAGCUGUAGCAUCCACCAGGGGGCUUCGGCCUUUGCACGACAUGCUGAGGCGGUGCUACGAGGCGAAAGCGGCCGCGGAUAGGCUGGCGGAUACGCCGUAUGACGCGGUGCUCAAGUGUGCCACGCGGACGUAUGCCAAUGUGCCCGUGGCGGUAGCGGGGGGAGGCGUUGCGGCGGCGGCGUCGAAACGGGGCAAGUCAGUGCAGCAGAAGCUGCUGGCGCUGGGGAGAAGGGCCGCUGCACAAAACGGCGCAGGCAUGGAGGCAGGCGAGACAGCAGGCCUCAGGCCCGCUCCGGCCGCCGCAGCAGCAGGAGGCGGUGGUGGCGAUGGCGACGUGUGCGAGCGCGUGUACGUGCGGGGGCCGCCCGAGGUGCUGGUGGAGCAGUGCGGCAGCGUGCUGUGCCACGGGGAGCCCGAGUCCAUCGCCUCCCUCCGCCCCGCGCUGCUCCAACGCAUUCAGGCGCUGGCGGAUGAAGGCUACACACUAGUGGGCUAUGCGUCUGGCAGCACGGCCGGGGACAGCCCCCGCCACUCCACCUCGCGCACGGCCCUGCUCUCCUCCAUUGCGGACUGCACCUUCCUCGGCCUCGUCGCUCUCUCGGAUCCCACGCGUGUCGACGCCGCCGAUGCCGCCCGCUGCUGCCGGCUCGCUGGAGUGCGGCCGGUGCUGGUCACAGGGGACCAUCUGGGGACGGCGGUGGCUGUCGCAAGAGCUGCUGCUAUCUGUUACCCACACCAGGUGGCGCAGCAGGAGGUGCAGCAGGACGCGGUGUCGUGCGCGGAGCACCCCCCAGCGCAAUCCACGGGCGAGGAGCUGCGCGCGCUGGUGGCGGGCACCAGCGUGCUGGCCAGGGCGUCCCCCACGGACAAGCUGUGCAUCCUGGAGGCGCUGCAGAUGAACGGCCAGCUCGUGGCUGCAUGCGGGUCAAGCCUCACUGACGCCUCGGUCCUAGCUGCAGCGGACGUGGGCAUUGCUGUUGGUCCGGCCCCCGCCGCCGUGCGGGACGCAGCGUCCGUGGUGCUGCUAGACCCGUCGUUCGGCGCUGUGCGCUUCCUGCUGGAGGAGGCCCGAGCGGCACUGGCCAACGUGCGCAAGGCGCUGGCGCUGGAGCUGGGGUGCAAGCUGGGGCUGGCGCUGGUCGUGCUCGUGGGCACACUGUGGCUCAGCUACCCCAUGCUGCCCUGUCAGCUGAUCGUCUCUGCAGUGCUGCUCCGCGGCGCCUCUCUCUUCCUCUACACCUCCGAGCCCCCCGACUCCGACGUCAUGCUGCACGCGCCGCGCCGGCCCACGCGGCCCUUCUUCGACCUCCCUCUCCUCGCCACGGUCGCCGCCGCAGCCAUCGCCACGGCCGUGGCCACACUGCUCUCGCUCGCCUACUCCAUCCGAACCAAUCCGCACAACAACAGCGACACGCACACCGUGGCGUUUAUCGGCUGGCUUGUCUCCUCCUGCUUCGUCUCCUUCCACCUGCGCACCACGUCCGAAUCACUCUUCCAUAAGGGGCUGUUCUCCAACCCGGCCGUGCUUCUCGGGCUGCUGGUUACCGCCACUCUCUGCGUGCUGCUGUCAUUCUCGUCGUGGUUCCGCCAGGCGCUGCAUUUCCAGCAGAUCCCCCCGCUGGACUGGCUGGUCGUGGUUGGGAUCGCCGCGGCCGGGACGAUUUGGAUUGAGCUGAUUAAGUGUGUUAUUUCGUUCUACCGUGACCGUGGGUACGAAGUGCCGACUUUUGAGAUUGCUGGGGGGCCGGGAGCGGGUGCUGGUGGUGGUGGUCGUGAUGCCACUGGUGGUGACGGCGGUGCUGAUGGUGAUGGCAGGGGUGAUGCAGAAGGGGGAGAUGAGUCGCUUCUGCCCUCGUCUAAUCUCAAGAGCGACAUAGAGAUGACUUGAUGGGGGGGGAUGCCACUGCCAGUCGGCCACUGCCACUGCCUCGCUGGUAAAAUUGGAGGGAAGCUGGGAAUUACGAGCACCUGUAUGGGUCUGCAGCUGAUCACGAAUGAUUUUUUUUGCUAGCUUUGAGAUCAUGAGGCGUGGUCGACGCUCGUGAAUUCCAGCUCCAUUAGGGUUCUUGAUGGGCCGAGGAGUGGCUUUGGGUUGGGUACCUUGGCUGCUUGUUGGGAUGGUGGAUAGGAGUGCACCUUCAGUACGAUGACGGGAAUUAGGUGUUGAAAUAUACUCGACAGAGUCUGGCCGCCCUAAACACGUGGUUCAUUUCAACAAAAGGUGACAGUUUUCUUAGAACAAUCAUAUUGUGUGUUGGAAAUACCUCAAGGACUUAAGCGUUUCUGAAGUGUAAC